AUGUCUGCCAUGGAUCUUGAUGCGCCUGUCUCUAUCGCCCCUCAAAUGCGAGGCGAGCAAACAAAUGCGACCAUUCUUUGCUGCAACUGCGGCGCUCCCAUAGAUGGAACUACGUCAGCAGGCGCUCUUUGCUACGACUGCGUCAAACUCACGAUCGAUGUAUCACAAGGAAUCCAACGCGAAGCCACCCUACAUUUCUGCAGAGAUUGCGAUCGUUGGUUACUGCCCCCCACCAGUUGGAUUGUCGCGGCUCUCGAAUCCCGAGAACUUCUUGCGCUAUGUUUGAAGAAGUUAAGAGGUCUACAUAAGGUCCGAAUUAUUGACGCCAGUUUCAUUUGGACGGAACCCCAUUCUCGAAGAGUCAAGGUUAAACUCACGAUCCAGGAUUCCGUCUCGGAGGGUGUGGUUUUGCAGCAGGCUUUUGAGGUAGAAUAUGUGGUGGCGUACCAGCAGUGCCCUGAUUGCGCGAAAUCGUAUACUGCAAAUACCUGGAGAGCUUGCGUGCAGGUCCGCCAAAAAGUUCCACAUAAGAGGACUUUCUUGUACCUGGAACAGCUGAUUCUCAAGCACGGUGCGCAUAAGGAUACGAUUAAUAUUAAAGAAGUGAAGGAUGGACUGGAUUUUUACUACGCACAUCGAAACACGGCCGAGAAAUUUGUCGACUUCCUCCACUCUGUCGCACCAGUUCGAAGCAAGAAAUCCCAGGAGCUUAUUUCCAUGGAUAUCCAUACAUCUACGAAAUCCUAUAAAUUCUCAUUUUCCUGCGAGUUGGUACCGAUAUGUAAAGACGAUUUGGUAGCGAUACCAAUAAAAUUGGCGAAACAGAUUGGUAAUAUCUCUCCUCUUGGGUUAUGUUAUAAAAUUGGUACAUCUAUCAAUAUCCUCGACCCACAGACACUACAGACCGCAGAUAUCAGCGCUCCGAUCUACUGGCGUGCGCCAUUUUCUACCUUAGCAGAUGUUCAGGAGCUUGUGGAAUUUAUUGUUAUGGAUAUUGAGCCUAUCGGAGGCCAAAAAGGAAAGUGGUUACUCGCUGAAGCGACUGUCGCUCGUGCAUCAGAUUUGGGAUCGAAUGAUAAAACAUACUACACCAGAACACAUCUCGGAAAUGUUUUACAUCCAGGAGAUUCAGUCAUGGGUUACAUGUUAACCGGCACCAACUUCAACAGUCCUCAAUACGACGCUCUCGAAGAAUCCAACACCUACUCCUCGCAAAUCCCAGACGUUCUCCUCGUCAAGAAAUUCUACGCCCGCAAGCGCAAGUCCAAGAACCGAAACUGGCGUCUCAAGCGUAUGAACAGAGAUGACGGCGACUUACUACCUAAGAAAGCAGAUCAAGAGAAGUUGGAUAAUGAUUAUGAGAUGUUCUUGAGGGAUGUCGAGGAAGAUGCCGAGUUACGUGCUACGAUGGCGCUUUAUAAAGAGCAGCAGCAGGCUAAGAGAGAUGCUGAGGCGAUGAGUGUUGCUGAGACGGAUGAUGCGGAUGAUGAGACGCCGAAGGUUAAUAUGGAGGAGCUUUUGGAUGAGUUUGAUGAGUUGCAGAUUAAGGGUGAUGCUCCUUAG